AUGAUUUGGUUCGAGUGCCUCUGGAAACCUCCAUCAUUCCUUGAAAUGGAACUUCCCUGGCUGCUGGUCUUACUAGUAGCAGGAUGUAUGAUCGUGAGAACGACAUAUCGUCUCUAUCUCCAUCCACUGAGCAAAAUCCCGGGACCCAAAUUGGCAGCCAUCAGCCAUCUCUAUGAAUUUUACUAUGACGUUGUUAGAGGAGGUACGUUCAUCUGGGAGGUGGAAAAAAUGCAUCGGCAAUAUGGCCCUAUUGUGCGCAUCAAUCCCCGUGAAGUCCACGUCAUUGAUCCAGAGUUUUACGACGAAAUCUACGCUCCAGGCUCACGCCGGCGCGACAAGGAUCCACGGCAAGUGGCCAUGUUUGGGGCGCCCGGCUCAAUGGCUGCCACUAUAGGUCAUGAACAGCACAAAAUGCGUCGCGGCCUUGUCCGCGGGCACUUUUCUCGCAAAGCUAUUGUCAACAUCGAACCUCUAGUUCAAGAGAAAUUGGACAAAAUGAUCCAGCUGUUUCAAGGCGCAUAUAAAAACCUUGGUGUGGUAAACUUGAGCGAUGCUUUUGCUGCCCUUACAGCUGAUAUUAUCGCCGUAUAUGCCCUGGGCAUUGACCUCGACUAUCUCGACCAGCCUGACUUCAAGAAUGACUUCCAGCAGGCAUCUGUCGAACUAGACAUGCUCUGCCAUGUUUUCAAGUUCUUCCCCUGGCUUGCUAAAUUGGCUCAAAUUAUCCCUGAUCGCAUUGUUCGUUAUUUGCAACCCAGUGCUGAUAGCAUCUUUUUGGUACAAAAGACCAUACACGACCAGUCGGUGGCAUCGCUGCAAAAGGCAUCACAGCCAUUUUCAGACAAUGAACUGCGAAGCAAUAUUUUUGACUCUCUCGGUCACUCUUCUGUUCCACUUCGCGAACGUACCUUGUCCAGGCUGCAGGAUGAAGGCCUGAUUCUUCUCGCGGCUGGCACCGAGACCACGGCUAGAGCGUUGGCCGUUUGUGCGUUUCAUUUAGCGACAAAUAAGCUGGUUAUGCAAAAAUUGCGAUUGGAGCUGAAGGACGUGAUGCCUUCACCAAAUGCUCAUGCCAGCUGGGCACAGCUCGAACGCCUCCCGUAUCUGACCGCAACGGUGAAGGAAUGCCUUCGACUAUCUUUUGGAGCGGUUGGUCGACUUUCACGCGUGGCCCCGGAUGAAACACUCCAGUACAACCAAUAUAGCAUACCGCCGAGUACUCCCGUCAGCUGUUCUUCAUACUUUAUUCACAUGAAUCCCGAAAUAUUCCCUGAGCCUGAAAGCUUCAAGCCUGAACGCUGGUUGCGAGCCACCGAGCGUGGGGAUAAGCUCCAUCGACACCUGGUGGCAUUUUCUUCGGGUAGUAGGCAGUGCGUUGGCAUGAAUCUCGCCUACUGCCAAAUGUACCUGACCAUCGCGGCACUUGCACGUCGGUUUGAUAUGGACCUCCAUGAAACCACAAUUCGUGAUGUCAUGGUUGGGCGUGAUUAUAUUUCGCCGUUUCCGACUGACGGGGUAGGUAACAUCAGAGUGACAUUUUCAAAUGUAGCGCAAGAGUGA